AUGCGUGUCCCUGAAGGCAUAGACGCUGCUGAAGGUUUGGUUGGAUGGGUAAUGCAAAUAACCCUCGGGACGAGUCCAGUUGAAUCUCUGGUUGCAGCUGGCAACAUAUUUGUGGGGCAGACAGAAUCUCCUCUCUUGGUGAAGCCUUAUUUGCCCUAUAUCACCAGGUCUGAACUCCAUGCUGUCAUGACAGCAGGAUUCGCCACUAUUGCUGGAAGUGUCUUAGGAGCAUAUAUUUCAUUUGGUAUUCCAGCCUCCCACUUAUUGACAGCUUCCGUGAUGUCAGCGCCAGCAGCUUUGGCUAUUGCCAAGCUCUUUUGGCCAGAGACCGAACAUCCCCAGAUAACUGCACAGCAGGCUGCAAAAGUGGAGAAAGGAGACUCAAAAAACCUAUUGGAAGCAGCCAGCCAAGGGGCUUCUGCCUCCAUCCCUCUGGUGGCAAACAUUGCUGCAAAUCUGAUUGCCUUCCUUGCCUUGCUUUCUUUCUGUAAUGCAGUCCUCUCCUGGCUGGGAAAUAUGUUCAACUAUUCACAGUUGAGCUUUGAGGUCAUUUGUGCUUAUGUCUUUAUGCCAUUUUCAUUCAUGAUGGGAGUCGACUGGGAAGACAGUUUUCUUGUUGGUAGACUUCUAGGCUAUAAGACCUUCUUCAAUGAAUUCGUGGCUUAUAAAGAUCUUUCAGAACUGAUCAAACUGAGGAAGGCAGGAGGGGAAAAGUACAUUGGUGGAGAGAACCAAUAUCUGAGUAUUCGAUCAGAAACCAUUGCCACUUAUGCUCUCUGUGGAUUUGCAAACUUUGGCUCUUUGGGACUCGUAAUUGGAGGACUCACAUCCAUGGCACCUUCCCGGAAGAGAGACAUUGCCGGCGGGGCCUUGAGAGCCAUGAUUGCUGGCACGGUUGCCUGCUUCAUGACAGCUUGCAUUGCAGGAAUAUUAUCUGUUGCAGGAGAUCCAUGCACUGCUUUAUUUGAAAACAACUUCAAUAUGACCAGCAAUAGCACAGAAAUAGUUAGCUGCUGCUUAAACCUCUUUAACAGUGCGAACAGUUCCACAGAGACUUUUUUAAAAGCAAACAACACCUUGAGGUCCUUGAAUGGAUGCUGCAAACUUCUGAACCCGUCUACAUUUAACUGCUCCUGGGCGACUCCAGAAUUUUAAACUGGGCACUUUAUGUAAGGAGACAAGCACAGGGAUUUACUUCACUGAUGGACUGGUAGGAAAACAAAAGGACAGUGGAGUUGUCUGGUGGUGGUUGCAGACAAGACAAAUCUUGUUUCCCAGCUUAAGUAGAUUGGCAGCUGUGUA